UUCGCUCCUCCCGGAAGUCAGCGGUGCCGCCCUCGAGGCUGCUGCUGCCCAGGUCGCCAUAUUCCCCGCGGGACCGGCUGGGCUCUGGCCUCAGGCCGCCCACCCCGCUCCAGCCGCCGCCGCCUCUGCCUCGCAGCUGCGAGAAGAGGAGAUGGAGCGACCUCCAGGCACCGGGAGGCCGCGGCUCCCACAGCAACCGGCGGGACUGAGGAGAAAGACGCCAGGAAGCGGAAGGUUCUCGCCGGCCCGAGGGUCGCUUUGGGCUGCACCCCUUGGUUCCUGCCUGCGAGCAGCUGCUGGGACCCUCCCUGCCAAGUUGCUCCCCGAAAAGCUCCAGGGCUCUCGGGUCUGCAGGGAGGGACACUUUCCCCCUCACUGUGAGUCUGCAAACUCGGAGCCGGGCGGACCGCGAGGUCAGGAGAUUGAGACCAGCCUGGCUAACGCGGUGAAACCCGCCUCUACUAAAAAUGCAAAAACCAGCCAGGCGUGGUGGCACACACCGGUGGUCCCAGCUACUCAGAAGGCUGAGGCCGGAGAAUCGCUUGAACCCGGGAAGUGAAGGUUGCAGUGAGCCGAGGUCGCACCACUAAACUUCAGCCACGGCGACAGAAUGAGACUCCGUCUCAAAAAAAAGACACAGCCAAGACUGACCAUGAGAAACCCUGGAAGCUCAGGAAGGAAGGAGCCACCCAGGAGCAGGGACAGGGAGCUGGCGGGGAAGACCAGAAAUCAGGAAGCAAAAAAUUUGGAUAUCCCUGCUUUACGUCAAGAAAAACAAAGACACUGUAUCUUUAGAAUGCCUAAACACACUACCAGCCAUGCAAAUAACAUGAGACAGGCCAUCAGUUUUCCACCUGAUUAUCUGUAUCCUUGGCAUGGCUUUCUUGGCGUUCUGUGGAUGCUUUUAACUAUUGUGUUUCUGGGAGUUUCUACCGUUGGCCUUUUCCUCCGAAAAAUUACCUUCUGUCGCUGUGCUCAAGCCUUGGACAGGGAGCUGGCAGAGAGCAAGGCUGCCUACAAGCGGCACAGAUGGAGAAUGAGGAAAAAGAAGAGAGUGCCAGGGAGACACAUGAGUGAGGAGCCAGCCCAGAAACGCCUGUGCCUGAAGAACGCUUUCUGGCGAGCAGAUUCAGGACCUCAUUCGGUUCCCAUGAGGAACAGCAGCUGCGUCCCAAGUGAAAUCACAGAGAAGACAAAGCAGGUUAACAUGGCUGCAGCACAGCGUCAUCACUGCUCAGCAUUGCCCUGCUCACCCUACCUCAUGGCUGACCCUUCAGGACCACUGAUGGCUUGCCCGUCACCUCCUCCAUCUGGGUGUCAUCUGGGAGCUCCACCAUUCCCAUCAGCUAAAGGUGUUCUGGGACCUCUGAUAACUCCUCAACUCCAGUGUCCACUAGGACCUCUGCCAGCUUCGUCAGAUGGUGAGUUUUCGAGACCACAGACACCUACACCCGCAUGUCUUCUGGCUGGUUUACCACCUUCUUCAGCCAAUGAUUUUCUGAGCUUAUACACAAUUCCACCUGAGUGUCUAUGCACACCUCUGCCAGCUUCGUCAGAUGAUGAGUUCUCGAGACCACAGACACCUACACCUGAAUGUCUUCUGGCAGCUUUACCACCUUCUUCAGCCAAUGAUUUCCUCGGCUUAUACACAAUUCCACCUGAGUGUCUAUGCACGCCUCUGCCAGCUUCGUCAGAUGAUGAGUUCUCGAGACCACAGACACCUACACCUGAAUGUCUUCUGGCAGCUUUACCACCUUCUUCAGCCAAUGAUUUCCUCGGCUUAUACACAAUUCCACCUGAGUGUCUAUGCACGCCUCUGCCAGCUUCGUCAGAUGAUGAGUUCUCGAGACCACAGACACCUACACCUGAAUGUCUUCUGGCAGCUUUACCACCUUCUUCAGCCAAUGAUUUCCUCGGCUUAUACACAAUUCCACCUGAGUGUCUAUGCACGCCUCUGCCAGCUUCGUCAGAUGAUGAGUUCUCGAGACCACAGACACCUACUCCUGAGUGUCUUCUAGCUUCUUUACCACCUUCUUCAGCCAAUGAUUUUCUCGGCUUAUACACAAUUCCACCUGAGUGUCUAUGCACGCCUCUGCCAGCUUCGUCCGAUGAUGAGUUUUAGAGACUGCAGACACCUACAACCAAAUGUCUUCUGGCUGCUUUACCACCUUCUUCAGCCAAUGAUUUUCUCGGCUUAUACACAGUUCCACCCGAGUGUCUAUGCACACCACUGCCACUGUCUACAGAUGAUGAUCUUUGAAAACCACAGACAGCACCACUCAAGUGUCUUCUGGCACCUGUUCCACCUCUCCAGAUGAUAAUCUUUGGAGACCACAGACACCACCACUCAAGUGUCUUCUGGCACCUGUACCACCUUCUCCAGAUGAUAAUCUUUGGAGACCACAGACACCACCACUCAAGUGUCUUCUGGCACCUGUUCCACCUCUCCAGAUGAUACUUCAAGAACACAGACACCACCACUUGAGUGCCUUCCGGCAUCUAUACCACCUUCUCCAGAUGAUAAUCUUUGGAGACCACAGACACCACCACUCAAGUGUCUUCUGGCACGUGUUCCACCUCUCCAGAUGAUGAUACUUCAAGAACACAGACACCACCACUUGAGUGCCUUCCAGCAUCUAUACCACCUUCCCCGGAUGAUCAUCUUUGAAAACCACAGACGCCACCACUCAACUCAAGUGUCUUCUGGCAACUCUACCACCUUCUCCAAAUGAUCAUCUUCGGAGACCACAGACACCACCAUUCAAGUGUCUUCUGGCAUCUCUACCACCUUCUCCAGAUGAUCAUCUUUGGAGACCACAGACGCCACCACUCAAGUGUCUUCUGGCAUCUCUACCACCUCCUCCGGUUGAUAAUCUUUGGAGACCACAGACACCACCACUCAAGUGUCUUCUGGCAUCUCUGCCAUCUUCUCCAGAUGAUCAUCUUUGGAGACCACAGACACCACCACUCAAGUGUCUUCUGGCAUCUCUGCCAUCUUCUCCAGAUGAUCAUCUUUGGAUACCACAGACAUCACCACUCAAGUGUCUUCUGGCAUCUCUGCCACCUUCUCCCGAUGAUCAUCUUUGGAUACCACAGACACCACCACUCAAGUGUCUUCUGGCAUCUCUACCACCUUCUCUAGAUGAUCAUCUUUGAAAAUUACAGACGCCACCACUCAAGUGCGUUUUGGCAUCUCUACCACCUCCUCCGGUUGAUAAUCUUUGGAGACCACAGACACCACCACUCAAGUGUCUUCUGGCUUCUCUACCACCUUUUUUAGAUGAUCAUCUUUGAAAACCACAGACGCCACCACUCGAGUAUCUUCCGAUACCUCUACCGUCAUCUCCAGCUGAUUAUUUUCUGAGACGACACACAGCUUCCAUCCAUUGUCUUCUGGGACCUCAACCACUUUCUCCAACUGAAAAUUUUUGAGAUUACAAGUAGCUCCACCAUUUGAGUGUCCCCUUGGACCUCAGCUACCUAUUUCAAUAGAGUGUCUUCUGGUAUCUCUUCACCUUCUUGAUGAUCUUCUGAGACCACAGACACCUCCACCUGAGUGUACUCUAGUUCCUCUCCCACCAUCUUCAGCUGAAGAUUUCGUAAGAAAAUCUUCACGUGCACACCUCAACCUGAGUGUCCUCUGGUAUCUCUACCACUCUCCAGCUGAAGAUGUUCUGAGGCCUCGCACACCACCACUUGAGUGUUCUCUGAUACCUCUGCCACCAUCUCAAGCUGAAGACUUUCUGAGCCCACACACUCCUCCACCUGAGUGGAAUCUGUUACCUUUACCAUCUUCUACAGCUAAUGACUUUCUGGCAGACCAUAGGCAGCUCCACCACUUGAGCAUUUUCUGGAACCUCAACUUCCUAUUUCAGUCACGUGUCCUCUGGGACUUCAACCACCUACUUCACUCGAAUGUCCUGUGCCACCUCAACCAUCUUCUCCAAGUGCAGAUUCUCUGAGACCACAGUCACUCCUUCAGUCAUGUGCUCUCUGGUGUCUCCACCAUCUUCUCCAGCUGGUGAUCUUCUGAAACCACAGACACCUCCAGCAAUUGAGUGUCCUCUGAGACUUCCUUUAUGUCUUCCAACUAUUUGUUUUGUGGGACCUCUAGCACCUCCUCCAGCUGUACCUCCUAUGGGACUUUAUCUACCUCAUCCAGGUGUCUGUCCUGAGGUACCUCAACCACCUCAUCCAUCUAGUCUGUCAUGUGGGACCCCAUCCACCUCAUCCACCUGUCUAUCCUGGAGGACCCCAUCCACCUCAUCCAGAUGUCUGUCCUGGGGGACCCCAUCCACCUCAUCCACCUGUCUGUCCUGGAGAGCCCCAUCCACCUCAUCCAGAUGUCUGUUUUGGAAGACCCCAUCUACCUCGUCCAGGUGUCUGUCCUGGAGGACUUUAUCCACCUCAUCAAUCUAUCUGUCCUGGGGGACCCCAUCCACCUUAUCCACCUGUCUGUCCUUGAGGACCCCAUUCACCUCAUCCACCUGUCUGUCCUGGAGAGCCCCAUCCACCUCAUCAAUCUAUCUGUCCUGGGGGACCCCAUCCACCUCAUCCACCUGUCUGUCCUGGAGAGCCCCAUCCACCUCAUCCAUCUGUCUGUCCUGGGGGACCCCAUCCACCUCAUCCAUCUCUCUGUCCUGGGGGGCCCUAUCCACCUCAUCCAGCUCUCUUUCCUGGGGGACUUCAUCUUCUUCCUCCAGCAGUGUGGCCUCUGGGACCUCAGCCUACUGUUCCAUUUAGUGGCUACUGGCACCUCGGCCACCUUCUCUACCUUGGUGGCCUCCCUUAGCUAUCACCUUCACAUGAGUCUCCUCUAGGACCUAAAGAAUCUCCUCAUGACCUCUCAGCCCUCAGCCACCUCCUUCCUAGGUUUUCUCUCGUACUUCGACCACCUCCUUCACUUGGCUGACCUGCUGUCUCAACCGACACUCAACCUUCACCUGAGUGUCCCCUUGGACUUUACCCCCUCCUCUAGUCAUGCGGCCUCUGAGACCUCGACCAACACCUCUAAAUGCACCACUUGAUGUGAUGAUUUUAACGGUAUAAAGUAAUUUGUAAAAAAAUUCAUCUCUUCUUUUUUGAGUGAAUAGAAAGAAAUGGCACAGAUGGUCCUGCAGGGCUUUGCAGUACAAGGUGACACUGGCUGAGAUCCUGGUCACUUUUCUCAAGUUUCUGAGAGUACACAGUCGGUUGUAGUAUUUCCUCAUCAUGAGUUUGGCAGCAGGUAUCUCUUGUAGAUAAAGACACAUUUUGUGUUUUUGUGGGGACAGUCUCACUGUGUCACCCAGGCUGGAGUGCAGUGGUGCAAUCCUGGCUCAGUGCAGCCUCCGUCUCCAGGGUUCAGGUGAUCCUCCCACCUUAGCCUUCAGAGCAGCAGCUGGGACUACAGUCACGCACCACCAAAUUUGGCUUCUUUUUAUUUUUUAAAUUUUGAGAUGGAGUCUCACUCUGUUGCCAGGCUGCAGUGCAGUGGCACCAUCUUGGCUGACUGCAACCUCUGCCUCUUAGGUUCAAGCAGUUCUCCCACCUCUGCCUCCCAAGUAGCUGGGGCCACAGGUGCAUGUCCCCAUGCCCAACUAAUUUUUUGUAUUUGUAGCAGUGACAGUGUUUCACUAUGUUGGCCAGGACAGUCUUGAUUUACUGAUCUCUUGAUCUGCUCGCCUUGCCCUUUGAAAGUGCUGGGAUUACACACAGUAGCCACGGUGCCCAGCCUUCCUUUUUUUUUUUUUCUUUUUAUGGAGAUGGAGUCUCGCUUUGCCACCAGGCUGGAGUGCAGUGGUGAGAUCUCAGAUCUCAGCUCACUGCAGUCUCUGCCUCCCGGCUUCAAGUGAUUCUUCUGCCUCAGCCUCCUGAGUAGCUGAGACUACAGGUGCAUACCAUCACACCUGGCUAAUUUUGUAUUUUAGUAGAGACAGGGUCUCAUCAUAUUGGCCAGGCUGGUGUUGAAUUCCUGACCUCAGGUGAUCCACCCAUGUCGGCCUCAGAAAGUGCUGGGAUUACAGGUGUGAGCCACCAUGCCUUCUCUCUCUCUCUCUCUCUCUCUCUCUCUCUCUCUCUCUCUCUCUCUCUCUCUCUCUGUCUCUCUCUCUCUCUCUCUCUCUCUCUCUGUCUCUCUCUCUCUCUCUCUCUCCUCUCCUCUCUGUUUUUAAAACUUUGUGUAGAGACUGUGUUUCACCAUGUUUCCCAGGCUGGUCUCAAACUUCUGGACUCAUGCCAUCUGCCAACUGAGGCCUUCCAAAGUGCUGAGAUUACAGGCUUAAGCCACCAGCCCAGCCAGAGAUUGUGUAUAGAAGCCAGAAAUAGCAGUUCUGCAGGUGUGCAUCAAACCUGGGCCACAUGGCCGACUCUGUGAGGGAUGAGACCCGUCCCUGACUUGCAGGGCGUCCUGUCUCCUCCAGCAGAGAGAUCCACACUAAAGGGCACAGAGCUUGUGACCACCCACCCACAAUGGAAGCACAAGUGAAGGGACCCGGGGUGCAAAAGAAAGAGACCGAAUCUCCUGAGAACAAGCAGGAGGCUGUGAAAGAGAAGACUGGAGCUGGUUGGUUUUCCCUUGGGGGUCUGUGUAACUCAGGUGGAGCUGGAAGGCUCCUGGCUGGGCAAGCAGUGUGAGCAGGAGCAUGGAGGCUGCAUGAGGGCCCCAUAGAGCUGCCGCGGGAGAGCUCAGAGGCCUGGUGUGCACAAGGAAUUAUGCCCCCAGCACUUCCUCAGUGCUCUACUGCCCUUAGUCCAUUAUCUCUAGGAAUGAUGAUUCUUUCCCUGGGUGUGUGACGUCUCUGGAUCAGGGUGAAUGAAUGCCUAGAGCUCUGGGAAAUUUCACUUGGUUCUGUCAGGGGCCCUAUCUCCCCUACUGUUUAUGUUGCCGGGAGACUAACAGUGAGAAUGUGUCUGGUUUAGUGGAGCUGCACCUUGGUGUUCAGAAUCAGGUUGACUCUGGCAGAAAACUCAAAGCCCCCCAGCCUCCCACAGCAGUGGCCAUUCUUUUCUGAUUCUGAUCCAGAUGUUGAACUUGGGAGACAGUUACAACCUGGAUCCCAAUUCUGUCUGAAAGCAACAGAAUAACAUAAGCUAUACUACUAGUGGGUGACUCUUGGCCCAGCCCAGUGUAAUGAGACAUAAAUGAAUGACCAUGACCUCAGAAGCAAAAACAAAACAAAAAACAGAGCAACCAGUAGAUGUUCUGGAGGGCCUGAGUUUGCCAGGUCUCAACUGUGAUCUGUAAAGUGAAAUGAGAUCAUCAUCACCAUGCAGGAAACAUGAAUGAAAUAGAAAACUAACUGGAGACUCUAAACGUGUUUGGAAAGAGGCGCUACGUGUAAGUGGGGGCAUGUUCUGCCUGGUGGGCUUCCCUGUCAGUCAAGGAAUUGGGUGGGGACCUGGCUCUCCAGGGAUCCAUGCCUGCCUUCUGUUCUUCUGUGGAGCCGUCUUCCCAUUUCCUGUGGUACGGGGGCAACUGGGCAGGGACCAGGGUGCCCACUCUUGAGCGUCUCCCUGUUCUCAACUCAGUGCCACUUGCCUCCCCUCACUGUGUCAUUGUCCCUGCAUCUGAACGGGGUGGGUGGCCUGCCCCUUUGAUCAGCUUCCUUUGUCUUUCAUUUAGG